AUGAGUUCAAUACAAAGAUAACCUCGUAGUCGUAUAUUUGAAUCUGAUUCAUCAAGACCAUCUGAUAGACCUAUUACUCCAUCAUAAUAAUAAUAAUCAACCAAUUACAAAUUAAGACAUCUCACAUACAAUACUCAAUUAACUGUACCUAUUGUUUAAUGUCAUUACCAUCCUGAUUAAUUUAUACAAAACUUUUGUAAACAUCUGUAUCAAAAUUUUUAUCAUUUCUAAGUGACUGUUUACUUCCUUUAUGUCCUGCUUGUGUGAAUAUUCAUUAAGAAGAUCAUAAUAAUUAAUAAUAUGCUCCAACUUUUGAUCAUCUUUCAACAUGUUUAGCAGAAUAAUAUAAUAAAAUUGUUGACAUAUGUAAUUUAUUGAGUGAUGAUAUACAAAAUGUAACAGAACUUAAAACAAUUAUAAAUGAACAUCACAAAACAUAAAAAAAUAAAUUUAAUGAAGCAAAAGAAAAAUUAUAUAAGUCUAUAGAUAAUUAUUUAUAAACACUUGAAAAUACUCUAAAUACUCAAUCACAAAAAUAAAUUGAUUAUUUAAUCAAUUAAAUCAAUUAAUUUCAUAGAUUAUCAUAUGAAAGAUGGAAUCAUUUGUAAACAAGAUUACAAAAAUUAAAUACUGAUAAAUGUUUAAAGACUCUUAUAAAAUGCUAUAAACAAAGUAAACCUGAAGAUAUCUAUUCUCAAUAACAUGAGUUGUCUCUUUAAUUUACAGAUUAAAUCAAAGCACAAUUAGAUUAAAUAUAAAUUAAUCCUUCAUCAUUAUAAAUUGUUAUGGACUAAUUACAUUUGUAUAUUCAAAUUGUAAAUGAAAAUCAAAAUUAAACAUCACCUUAACAAAUUAGAAAAUCUUAGAGACCAAACAGUUAAUAACAUACUGUCUCCGCUUCUCCUAUAGAUCUAAGAAUAAAAGGAUAUCCUAUCUAACAAAGAUAUGUAAUUCCAAAAAAUAAAGUUGAAUUAUCGAUUCCUUAAAUUUAAUAAGGAUUUCUACCAUCAUAAGGUGGAAUCAAUUAUUAUAAUUAAGCGUUCCUACCUUUAAAUGUAUAAUAGAAAUAAAUAAAUAACAUCCCUCCUUUGCCAUUUAGACCUUAAAUUUCUGUAAAAUAAAUGAUAAAUCAAACUCCAUAAAUAAAUCCAUUACAACCUAUAAUAUAGACUUAAGAAAAUAAAAAAGGUGAAGUAAUAGAUUUGAAAUCAAGUAGAAUUCCAUUAAGGAUGACUGAAUAAUAUUAAAAUAGAAUUUUUAAUGAGAAUGAUUUCUCACCUAAGUUGAAUAUUACUUGA